UUUGUUUUGUGCAGGGUAUUUCAGAAGAGUGGAUCCGGCCCGAAGAACGGGGAACAGUAUGGGGCACCGUUUAUUGAGGAGGAAUGGGAGGAUGAUGAUGCUGUUUUUGUUCCCGGACAAGAUUACCUCCCAGAUGAGGUGGUUGUUGGUGAAGAUGCAUUUGUAGAAGUGAAUGACAUUGACCAGAAGUUUGACAUCGAUGUUCCUUACGAGAAUGCUUCUGCUACAUUUAACUUCUACUACGGGGAAUCAAGCAACAAUGCUGAAUCAGGCAACAAUAUUGAAUUGGGCAACAAUGUUGAAUCUGACUACUACAUUGAGCAGACUGGGGUAGUUGCUGAAGGUGAUCAAAAACCUAUAAUUGACAUGGGUAAUACUGCUUGGACUGCCGAAGAUAAUCAAAAGCCUUUAAUUGGCACAAGAGAAAUCAGAUAUGAUAGAAGGGUUGCCAGAAAUAACUAUUUGCUUGAUGAGCCAUACAUGGAUGCACCAGAAAAUCUAUGUGGCAGUGAUGAAUUCCUGGAAAGCUAUGAUCUUUAUGUCAAGUAUCCGUUCCUCAAGCAGGCCAGUCAAGUGCUGAGCAAUAUACCUGCUCCUCCUGCAUUUGCUUGUGAGUUCCCAACAAAAGAUGCUGCUCUUCGGCUAAAUACUGCUGCAGAAUCUUCUGGUUCUGUUCAUGUUACUGCCGGUAUGAUCAGAAUAACAAAUAUGACUCUAGCCGGCAAUCAGAUGGCUUGGUCAUUUAACAAGAAUGGGGAUAUCAACAUCGUUUUUUCUCUCGGCCUGUCUCAAGAAAAUGCUGGGUUGGUGCCAAUGGCUAAUGUUCUGUCUGACAAGCCAGGAUCCAUCGGAUCAAGGGGCCUGUUAUUCUUAAUGUUUUUCUGGGUUCUAAUACUCUCUGUAAGUUUUAAGGUUGGGACCUGUGUUUACUCCAGGUAAUGUAGUAGGAUCAAUUAAUGAGGUUCACGAAAAUGAGCCGAAUAAGGAAAAAUCGAAAGAAGAAAACAUUGACAGGGGGCUGUUUGGGGGGUAGACCCUAAUAGGAUUGACUGGCGGGGGAUGCUGCUGCAAUUUGUUGUUUAUUUUGGUUUUUGUUUAUGCUGACUCUACCCAACUGAUAUCUGGUAUCUUAUACCUUUAUUUUUGUUGUAAUCUUUACAAAUAGUGUAUCAGGAUGCUAGUUAAAAUUCUCUUUGGCAGCUUCUUAUAUAUGUAGAGUAUACGUUGAAGUUAUUGUACUUGGAAACAUUUUUGUUGGUUA